AAGAAAAUGGCGUCAUUUGUCGACGAGGCAGUGAUACGUGAAUUUGAUGACCUAUUAUUACUGCACAAUUUGAUGUAAAUACAUCAGAACGUUAGCUAUUCGAGGCAGUGACGUUUUAUCAUCUAAAUGUGUUGUUUGUGGACAUAAAUUACGUAUUAUGAGAAGGUAAUGAAUUACGUCCGCUAGCUAAAGAAAUGAAGCAGGAUAGCAAACAACUGAAGAUGUGUGAGAGACAAAUGGGCACCCGGGGUCCCACCCCUUCACCUUUUUUGACCCCCAAACGCCAAGUGAUAGCUGAGAAGGUUUCACCAUUACGAAUAUCUUCACAUGGGGAUGGCAUAAAGUCCUCUCUGAAGUCUUGCAGCAAUGAACAGAGGAAGAUGCAGAAUCGAGUGACGUUCCAGACCGAUACCCAUGCUGAGGAACCUGCACACAGGAAUCGUCUGCAUCCAUUACUUGGUUAUGAUUGGAUCGCAGGAGUCCUGGAUGCACAAAAAACCCUGGGGGAACACUCUGAUGACUUCUACAAUGAUCUGCAAGCAUUUCGAACACAAAACAAAAGAGAAUGCAUCCACCAGCCACACUCUGAAGUUCCCCGGGAUAUACACUCGGCACUGACGCUUCUUGCAGACAGAGGCAGCCCACAAGCCGACACAGAUACUCAUGAGUGUACAUUCACUUAUAAGAUGAACACCAGAUUGUUCCCUAUCCCGGUUCACUCUCCGGAAUGUUGUCCUGUGUGCAAAAGGCUAAAAUCCUCACACCCGCACACCAUGACUGAACCAGCACACGUCAGGGUCAGCAUCCCUCGUGCCAGCAUUCUGUCUCCUUACAAGUACAAAGCACAUCGUCGCUGCAGCUUUGAUCCAUCUGACAGUUUGGGCUUACCAUCGCACUGCCUUUUGGGCUGGUCCAACAAGGUUCAAAGCUUCUUGCCCCCACCCAGCAACCUGGACCUGCGGAGUCACCUCAUUAAGGACAACUCCACUGAGCAACCAGCUGAAGAAGGACAGGAUCAGGUAACCAGAAGCGCUCACUCUGACCAGACACCACCUCUCUGUCGAUUGGCCCGUCACAACUUGCAGCACUUUACCCCCAGAAGAAAAUUAAGACGCAUACCUUCUUCUACCAAGAGUUGACUACACACCCUCAAAAAUGUUUUAUUUACAAUAUUAUCAAGGCAACUGUAAAGCUGGCAAAGCUACAGUACAUUGUGUGUGUCUUGGAGAUAUUCUUGUCAACCAAUGAAUGUCAUGUAUUUAAAUAAACGUACUGAAAUUUGGAUCAUUUA